AUGUCUUUGCCCGUAAAACAUACGCCGAAAUCAUCCCAGGGGAGUCUUUCGAGUUCAAGCUGUGACAUUUUUUACGAGGCAACCACUGAAGUCGCAAAAGAUAUGAGUCAAACGAACAACAAUUCCAGCAGCGCCGUCAACAACAAUUCGGCCGAUGAGGAAAAGAGCGAAACCUCACAACAGAAUAAGAUACAUCAACACGCAAAGUCCAUAGACUCGGCGAUUUCGCCGAUGCAAUCAGUCUACAUGACGCCCCAGGAUUCUACUUGUAAUCUGUUGAUUAACGCAAUUAAGCAGGCUGCCGCAACCAAUUACUUUGAAUCGGGUUAUCGGAUGGAAGAACCGACCACGUCUCCAACCUCAACACCAUUUUUCACAACACCAUCAACUCCUUUCGGUCCUUCCAGACAAACAAUGGAUCUUAGCAAUAUUCCCGAUUUUCCUUUUAGCACGCCAAACGCUGCCAAGACGGCUUCUAACAAACAAUCUAUCAAUGCCGCGGCUGUCGCCGCAAAGAUAAAAGAGUAUGAGUCGUUGAUAAGAAAGGAGUCGUUGAUAAGAAAGGUGUCUCAGAACAACCUGAACACAAUUGUUGAAACUGCCGAAGUCUCAUCCCAAAGGCUCGAUAAGACCAUCGAGUCACCGAGGACUCCAACCGAGGAAUCACCAAAGUACAAUCAAAUCAUUGACUCACAAAAGCCAAAUCCAACCAGACCAUUUUCAAAGUAUAAUCACACUGUUGAACUGUCUUCGGAUUCAAACACCUUUGUCGCCGAUUCCUAUGAUCAUAUGGAAGUCGACUCGGCCACAAACUCGGUGACCGGUUCCUGGCCAGAUCAAACGGAUCACUUCGCGAAAAGGAUGGACGACGGGACCGCUUUGAUGAAUCAUGAACACAAAUCCAACAGGUGGACGGCCUCGCUAGAGUCUAACUUGUACGAUUUUCCCAAGAAAGAAUAUUUGAGAAGUUCAGCCUCGACCACCAAUCCCGGCCAUAAGCGCAGUUCGUCGAGGGACGUCAUCAUAGAAGAAAUAACGAGCACCUCAAAAAGAAUCUCCAAGAUGCCCUACAUGACCAGAGGCGAUAUCAUAACUAAGAGCGAUGGCGCAAUGGAAGCUGCUGGGACAGAUUCACCGAUAUCAUCAAGAAUUUUGGUGAGGGAUGCCGUCGUGUUUUCUCCCGCGCCUUCAAAAAGAUCAAAGGAAUCCUACAUAAUCAGCGACCCCGAGGAUCAGCUGAUAAUAAUAAAUCCGAGACUUCGCAAUAAAAUUCUGUUGUUAAUUGGGAUAUGUUUGGUGUUCUUCUUGGUGAUACUUGAUAUGAAUCUGGUGGCGAACCAAAUUCCCAAGAUUGUUGACGAAUUCAGGUCGGCUGAAAGCAUUUCGUGGAUCGUCACUUCAGACGGAGAACGACCCUUUUAA